UCCCUCUAUCUAUCUCUCCCGCUCUCCGUCUCUCUCAAACCCCUAAGAAAGAGAAGGAAAAACUCUCUCCAAAAAGAAAAUAAAAGGCACAAAAGUUACAAAACACUAUGGAUCAAAAUCUACCAGUGAUAGCCAAAAAAGCAUGGAGCAUAGUACGUGUUAUCUUCUUCAUGCUAAGAAAGGGCUUAUCAAAGAGAAAACUCUUGGUUGAUCUCAACAUGAUGCUUAAACGUGGCAACAAGAUUGCAAGCAAAGCCAUAGGUAACCUCAUGUUCCACCAUCACCACCACCACAAUGACCACCGCAACGUCUCAUCCAAAUCCACACCAUACGAGUAUGAGUUCAGCUGUAGCAACACUCCCACAUACUCGCUCCCCUUCCAUACCAACAAGCGCCGCCACCACCACCACAAUAACUUCUUUGCAUGUGCAUUCAACGCGCCACCAACUCAUGAUGAUCAUGAUAUGGUGACCAUGAAUGCUGUGAAGCUGGCUUUGGAGUUAUUGAACAACAAUGAGUUGCCUGUACCUGUGGAGGCAUCCCCAAUGUUGCCAGGGUUUGGAAGGAGCCCAAUGGUGAGGCAAUUGAGGAUAACAGACUCACCGUUUCCAUUGAGAGAUGUUGACGAUGAUAAUGGUCUUGUGGACAAGAAAGCUGACGAGUUUAUCGCGAAGUUCUACAAGGAAUUGAGAAAGCAAAAAAGUAUGAGUGGCUAAUUAGGAUACAGGAGCUAUGUCUUGUUGGGUAUUAUUACUAUUGUAGUUGGUGAUAGUUGAUAGAUCAAUAAAAUGUUUGCCUCAUAACUGUUCAUUUAAGGUUGUUUUGUUUCUUGUUAAUGUUAUUGAUCAAGAAGGUUUGUACAAGGAAUGAGAACCAGGUAUGUAUAUUUCAGGGAAUUAAAUGCUGCCUUGUUAUAAGUAUCUACUUUGUAAUUGUGAUAUUGUUUCGAAAGGUUGGAAAUAAACCUAGUUUUGAUAUGAAAAAAAGAUA